CUGCCUACGAUGAGUUUCACACCAAAGCCAGGAUGCCCAAUGUGCGGCAUCGUCUCCGCCGCCCAGCGAUCCGAGGUGGACUCACCCGUGUCGCCGACGUCGUUUCGCGAGCGGGCGAGUCAGCCUGAGAUCCUGUGGCGGGACGAGAACUUCACUGCCUACCGCGAAAAGGCGAAUCCUGUGUCGAGCAAGGGCCACGUUGUCAUUGCAUUCAACCUUCACGUCCCCUCCCUCUACACCCUCUCGUCCAGCGACCUCCCCCUCCUCGCCUCCCUCCGCGACAUCGGCAUCCGCGUCCUCAACUCCCUCCUCUCGCCCUCCUCUCCCCUCCUCCAGCCCUCUCCCCUCGCGACAGUACCCUUCCAGACCCCGAACUCCAACUUCCAUAUCGGCUUCAUCACGCCGCCCUUCCGCGACUCCAAAAUUCCCGUCACCGACCAUCUCCACGCUCACGCCGGCGUCGCAUGGUAUGCGGUCGAAGACCUCAUCGCCGAAAUACGCGAGUCGACAUCGAACAACCGCGUCAAGUCGGGCUACGAGAACCGCCUGAACGCGCCCAUCGACAGAGUCCCCGGCGCCGGUUCCCGCGCAGGCCUUGCGAACGGCAUGGAGACGACGGAGCCCUCUCUCGCCGCCCCCGACAUCGAAGAGGGCCUCGCUUCGCCCUCUAGCUCCCGUCUCGCCUCGCUCUCAACCUCGACACUGCGCCCGUCGUCCUCGUCUGCGGCCCUCAGCCCCACCUCCUCUGCCCUCAGCCCCACUUCCGCGAGUGUCCUCCGCGGUCCAUCGUCUUCGAUACCCCAUCUCUCGGUGUAGAUUCUCCCGCCACGACCGCAGCCUUUUCUCCCUCUUAAUCACCGCAUAUACAUACAUACAUCGUGCCUGUUGCCCUGGUCAUCGCCCCGUAUUUUUCAUUACUACUCAUAGC